GGGGUCUAGAAUUGCUAAAAAUUGAGUUUGAAAAUUUGACGUCAUCAAUUUUGAACAGUUUUUUCGCUAUAACUUCGCCAAAAAAAGAGGUAUCGAUCUCAAAUUUGGUAUGUGGAUGGAAGGCGGUAAGGACUAUCACAUAUAUUCCGGUUGUUGCAAAAUUCAAAAAAUUUUUUGGAUUUUUCGAUUAUUAUAUGCAAAAAAUUUAUUUUUUGAUUUUUGGGGGUCAAAAUCCAAAAAUUUCAAAAAUCCGAGAUAGCAGUUUUGUAGCCCUGUUGAUUCUACAGCUUUUAUGUCUUAAUCAUUUUUCUGUAUUUGCAAAGCUAUAGGCCUGACAGCUCUUCCCGCGAAACCCUUUUUUGGGUCGAAAACGGCAGAACAUGACGUCACUCUGACGUCAUUUCCGGCCAACCUAUCAUAGCCUUUGGAAAAAUUUUUGGUCACAAUGUGUAAAAUUGAUGUCCGGGAGGGUACUGAAAGUUUGGUGACGAUCGGCGCAGCGGUUCUGGAGAUAUAUCAAAAAGUCUGGAGGGGGGGCAAAAAAUAGCCCCCCCCCCCCACCAGGGCGCGGGUUAAAGCAAUGACAUAUUUGCACAUCGAAUGAGUCAUAAUUCAUUGACCCUCACCGACUUUUUUUACAUACGCGCCGGCCGAGGGGAGGGGGACGAGUACGACGUCCUCCUCGCCGUUCCGCCUCUGAUGGAGCUAGAGCGUCGCGGAAAAAACGAGCGUGUGCGCCGUUACGAGACGCAGCGACUGAUACCCGAUUUUAAAGGCUCAGAUUAACUGAUGACCUGUUAGGUCAGGUCAAGUGACCCAAGGCACGGGCUUAGUUUUUCAUAACUAAUUUCGCAAAAAAAAAUGGUCGCAGAGCCGCGAUUUUGGCAUCAUCGUGUUCCCUUCGCUCAGGUGCGUCAAGUGGUAUACUUUUUGUUUGGGUGAGGUCAAGUUCAGAUGUUGACCUCAGGUCAAGGUCAUGUCAUCUCCUUUAGGUCACGAAGCUGGUCAAUGGAGGUCAUGUCCCAUAUCAUUCGAUUCGGCAGGUCUGCCUGAGUCCAUUGGUGUUUUUUUUCGACUCCCUAGCUCAAUUUGAUCGGGAGUUAUUGACGAAAAAACGUAUGACCCAAGUGACGUCCUAAAAAGACGUCAUGCAAGGUCAACAAUGCAAAAGAGAACCAUCAGACCCUACAAGGUGUGCAAGAAAUCACGAUUCCGUGUGCUUGAGAUAGUUUGAGAUCGUUUCCGACGCUAAAAUAGCAGUUUUUGGUGAGCCGUCACGUGAACGACCUGACCUAAUGUGACCUUUAGGAAAAAUCCAAGCUACACAAGUUAUGAGACCUCUGGAAAAUAUCCUGUACGGGCUGGACCCCCUGAAAACCACUGGACGGGCUCGGCCCCGGCGGCACGUGAAUAUCCUAUGCGAACGUCAAUUAUACCUCUUUGGCCAAGUGCAUAUCUCCAAACUUGACCUUUCCGUGUGUAAGCCUCUUUUUUUGAUCGAACGAGACUAUUGCAAGAGCCGAAAGAAUGCUGAGUUCGCAAGCUACAUUGGUCUUGGUGGUCACCCCUGGUGCAGUGAUUUAUGUUUCCUGUUUACUGUAUACGUGGAGUUCAUAUUCUACGGCGUCAUUGUUCAAAACAUCGCCAUCUCAAUCUCCCCCUACUUGUGUGAGAUCACUGCGACACCAAGGACUAGCACUCUCCUCUCGGACCAAAGGCCAUCCAUUGGUGUGCUAAUUAGCUGAAUACGCCGCACGUCCGUCGUCCAAUUGCGUACUUCAGUCGAGCAGGGAGACGGGACGGGGACGAACCGCUGAGCGACACUCGUCUUCAGGACUCGGCUCACGGUCUGUGGAUAACGAGGAACACUGCAGAGGGGCAGCACGAACAUGGUGAGUAAGUCUACAUUACGAGUGGGUACUUAGAUGCUCUUGCUUGCUCGCAGAUACAGGAUGCUGCCGGCUGUAGCGAAAGAGAGGGUUUUGAGUUAGGACGGAGAAUUGACGAGUCAUCUGAGUCACUGGGAAUGCACAUUACAUACUUACCCAUAUGUAGGUGCAUUAUUUAUCGCUCACAGUGUGGUGGUACUUUGACUCAGUGGAAGCCGGAGCUGUUAAUUAAGAUAUGCAUUUUUUCCAAAUCUUUUAACGCCAAAUCAAAGGCAGUGUAUGGAUGUAGUGUGCAGAUUUGAGGCGCCAGGCUCAUGCAGCUUCUUGGUGCGGCAUUCAAAGCAAGUGUCGAAGGUCACACGCGUUUUCAUCGGAGAAAACCGAAAGAAACAACUGUUCUUUGUCCAUGCAUCUGCUGUUCUAUCUUCUAAAAAACCAUCGCAUGAUCACUGAUCAGGCUGUUAGCUGGAAUUGGCAACUCCGCUCAAUUAGGUACCAGACUUACAGGCCUCUGUAAGUCAAAACACCGUUCCGUGCUUCCAUCCUCAGGAUACUGAAAUCCUUCUCCUCCACGCCGCAACCCCCUUCCGGGCUGGACAGGCAACUUUAUCUCAUGCGGGCUGCUCCCUUGGAGCGGCACCGCUGCUCCCGAGGGAGCGCACCCCGUAGCCGGGUGCAGUGAGUGCCUUGGGGCUGGGUGGCCUGUCCUCUGGACGGGCUCAGCCCCGGCGACUCACUAGGGUGCCUGCCCAGACCAAUGUCUCCCCCUAAUUCCUAUCAUCCUUCCGGCUCUGCAAUGGUCUUGUCGACCGAAAGGGCCUAACCCAACAAAACAAAAAAAGUCAAAACAGAACACUUUAAAUCGUAUAGGUAGUGAUUCACCACUCAUCUGAGACGACGUAUGCAUAGCAAAAGACCGAAAAAAUUAAAGCUGCGUCAAAUCUCAUGAUGUGCGGCUUGUGCACCAUUUGUAGAGCAUGCUGUUUUCCCCAGUUAGCUUUGAAAGAUCCUUGUGCACGAAAGACGGUAAACGUAAAUUUCGGAGACCAAGGAAAACUAGUUGACCAUCCCCUUCGGCCGCGCAACAUUUUAAUUUAUGUAGCAUAAAUGUGAAAGAUAGGUGCAUGGUAGGCAUGUACGCACGGUUUGUAUGCGUCUGGUCGAUUGUUCAUCUAAUUGGAACUUCCUAACCAUGGAUGUUAUCACAAUUCACAACCCCUCCAUCCAUUCGCAGUCUGCCAACCAAGCUAUAUGCUGGCUCCUCAUUGGCUGUUGGUUGCCUCCACUGACGUCAUUGGCAGCUGCCGAAUGGAUCGACCUCAGUCACACGUUCAAUAGCACCGCUCAGUAUUGGCCCGGGGCUCUACCUUUCAAUCUGACCGCCACAUUCAAAGGCCAGAAGGAGUUUUACUGGUACGAAGCGAAUGAUUUCGAGGCUGCAGAACAUGGCGGAACUCACAUGGACGCUCCAUCCCACUUCUGGAAGGGAGGCUGGAGUCUGGAUCAAAUUCCUGCCGAUCGGUUUGUGGCACACGCGGCUCUGAUCGACAUCGAAGACCGCAGUCAGAAGGACCCCGACUCAAUACUGACUCCUGACGACCUGGCUAAGUGGAAGAGCCAAUAUGGGAGCUUCAAACACCCGACCAUUCUGCUGGUGCGAACUGGAAACGCCAAGUACUGGUCGGACAGUGCGCGGUAUUUCGGCUUCCAGAACGGCACUACGAUUGAUACUGAGUCGAACGAGACGUCAGCACCCGAGCUUCACUUUCCAGGAAUCGGCGCCGAGGCGGGCCGGUUUUUGGCCGACGACCCGGCCAUUGUCGGUGUCGGAAUCGACACCCCCUCCAUCGACGCGGGCAACUCCAAGACGUUCCCGACGCACGUGACACUAUUCGCCGCCAACAAGUUUGGUGUAGAGAAUGUGGGAGACAUGAGUCGAGUGCCUGCCACCGGAGCCACGAUCCUGGCGCUUCCGAUGAAGAUCGGCGGCGGCAGCGGCGGCCCGUGCCGCGUGCUGGUCCGCCUGCCCUGAUCGGCGAUCAUUGCGGCCAUAAGUGAUCAUAUGAUCACCAUUUCAUUGCCUGCUUAGCUUGUGCUUAUGGCUACGCGUUAAAUAUGAUCAAAUAUAGCUACGCUGGACAUUGGACAAACACCAUUUUGAUCCUACCGAGCAGCAUACCGUGUAUGCACGUGCUCUUCAUUGGUUGCCAUGUACCUACCUAUGUAUGAGCAAUUAGUUUCCUCUGUAGGCCUAGGCUCGGUGCGUUCGCUGUAGAAUGGUGGCUGUACUUUAACCCACUAUUAGCACAUAUACCGCUUACCAUAAUACCCCGCGCACCGACGGGGGUCUGCGCCAACUUAGUACCGACGGGGGGGGGGGGGGCGGAUGACCGCCCCCCCCUGAGAUCUCGAGAACGAAGCAAGAUAGCGACAAGCGGUAAACGGCAUCGGAUACGCAUGGACAAGGUCUACAAUUUUUACUAAGGUCAUUUUCAGGUCAGGUCAAAGAUGACGUCACAGGGGUCGAAAAAGUCAAAAUGGCGGCGCUAGAUAUGGAUAGGGUUUUUCUCGAAUAACUUUCGAAGUAGUCAAGAUAGGAACAAACUAAGGGCAUCAUCGUGAUUCUCUCGUCAAUCCGCAUCGAAUGAUAUAUAUGUUGACCUCGAAAGGUCAAGGUCAAAGGUUGACCUCAGGUCACGUGACCUCGAGGUCAUCAUGUAUAUCAUUCGAUGCGUCUUGACGAGCUGAACACAAUGAGACCAUCCGCGCGGCUGUAUCUUAUUCCUGUAAGGAGUUAUUGGCAAAAAACCUUUGGUGACCUUUGAUGACGUCACAUGACCUUACUGCUGCCCAACAGCAAAACAGACCUCAAGGUAGUGAAGGUUGAUCGUAUGUGAAGUCAUGUAUGGUAUAUGGGGCAUUCCGACCCGUUUUAGUGGUAAAAACAGGGAGUUGAUUUUUCCCCCAUUGACUUAUAAUGGGGAGGUCGCGAAAUUGACCUGACCUUAGGUCACCGACAUCAAAAUUCCGAGAUAUACAAAUUGUAGCUACUAAUGACCUUAUAACAUCCUGCGACUUUCAAAGGCCUCCGACAUCUACUGUAGCUCUGGCACGGUGACAAAGUUGCAAAAAAGUGACUUGAGGUUGGGUCAUUCAAAGUGACCUGGUGACCUGACCUUAAAAGUUAGGAGGUUCAAACUUGCACACCAUGUGUAAAAUUGAUGAGGUUAUAGUCAUACCAAAUUUCGCGGCGCUACGCGCCGCGGUUUUCCCGCUAUCCGCGAAAAACCUCAGGGGGGGCGGAUAUCCGCCCCCCCCCCCCGUCGGUGCGCGGGAUACAGUCGUGAGCCGGUUUGGAAGAUCGUAUUUAACUGUUCGGUAAGGUUUGAGCAUGCCAGUGGCGAGCAGAGUGUUGAAUGAUACAUGCCAACAUUGAGGUCGUGUGAAAACAGAAGGCUGGUCAGUGAUCAGGCAUGAGAGGGCCGAGAAGUCUCCUUGGAGCUCCCAGGCGCAGUUCGUAUCAAUCCCUCACAUAGCUUAUAUCAUCACAAUGCCCAAGUGUGUGUAGUUAGUUUUGCAUUUUUUCUCGAAAUCACCCGGUGGUUGUAGUAUAACAAGUGGUUUGAAGAUAGCUUCACAGCUCAUGUUUGCCCUUGGUCGGAAUCACAUGUGACAAUCUUAGCAUGACGAAGCUUGUUUGAGCACAAAGCAUAAUAAUCGGAUCGCGCGAUUAUACUGAUAAUUUCGUAUCGCAGCAGAUGCGUGGCCUAUGGAAUAUCUACUUCUUAUUUACUGUACGUAAGUCUUUCUAAGGAAUAAUUGGCAUGCGACCUACGAACUCUUCAGCACGCCGAGUGUCAUAUAGAUAAGUGUUUUAAAAGACGUCAAUAAAAUAUGCGUGCGUCUAA